AUGUUAGUAUGGAAUUAUCUAUAUUUUAGUACUCUAUAUUUAGUAUAUAUAUAUAGUAGUUGUAAAGUUACAUGUGACAACAAAACGUUUUGUAUUUAUAAUUUUACGUUUCAAUGGUUGCAAAUUAAAAAUUAUAUUUUGUUACAUUUAUAUUAUAAAUUAUCUGGUAAUAAAUUUAAAAAAAAAAUGGAAAGUCAACAAACAACUAAUUCCCGCAGAAAAUUAUUAAAUUAUGUAAUAAGUGGAAUAUUAUCAGAAAAUGAAUUCAUUACUUGUGAAAAACAAGUAAUGGAGACAUUGACUGAAAUGCUACAGUCAUUUCUAGUUCAAAUUGGAGAAUCGUCCAGAAAUUUUUCUGAGCUAGCUGGCAGGACAGAACCCUUGAUAGCAGAUAUAAUUUUAGCGCUCAUAAACAUGGGUUUUAAGUUGGACGGUCUUACUAAGUACGCAAUGAGGCAAAAUCGUACAACAUUGCCACCGCUGCAGCCACAGACUCAGUCUAAGCAGAUGAACAUGCUUCCUGCUGGUGAAAAACAGCCUCAUCCGCCACAUGUACCAAGCUAUCUCCCACAGUUUCCUGAUCCUCAUGCAUAUAUUCGGACUCCUACUCAUAAGCAGCCUGUCACGGAGUAUGAAGCUAUUAGAGAGAAAGCAGCUUCUCAAAAAAGAGAUACUGAACGAGCAUUGACAAGAUUUGUCGCUAAAACCAGCGAAACUCACAUAAUCGCUUGUAAGCCACAGUUUCCACCUUAUCUCUCUGCCUUGAUGCCGCAGGAUCAAGUUUUUGAACCAGAGACAGAGUUCGACUUUGAAAGGACUGCUCCCGUUAAAAAACGUAAAGAGACAAAGACAAAUGAUGAUGAUGAUGACGAUGAUGAUGUAAAAGAAGACAUUGCCGUGAAAUCAGAGCCUACGGAAACGAGUGAAGAAGUGUCGACCCAGCAAGAAAUUGAUAAUCCUUAUUUAAGGCCUGGUAAAAUUCCACAUAAUAAAGUCGCUAUGUUUCAAAGGAUUCAAUUCCCUCAGACCUUAGUCUAU